UGAAAGUGGACACUAAUUUGAAUGGCUGAGCCACCUGACUUGCAAGAAAAUAUUGAGAGAGGUGAUCUAGAGCUGAAAAUAAGCGAAAUUUUUGACUUAUUUGAUCAUGAACGCAAUAAAACGAUAGACUUCAGAGAAUUAGGUACAGUAAUCAGAGCGUUAGGUGGUGUGCCAACUGAAGCAGAAGUAGUAGCACUUGUGCGUGAGUUGGAAAAUGAUCCACCAAAUGGUUACAUUAAUUAUGAACGAUUUCUCCCGGUAAUGCUGCAGGCAAUGGAACAGAAAAGAUUCGAACCUGCAUCCGAAGAGGAAUUAUUGAAAGCGUUUUCAAUUCUGGAUGUAGAAAAGAAAGGGUAUUUGACGACAGAGGCUCUUGAAUCGCAUAUGAUCUCCUCAGGGGAACCAUUUACCAAAGAUGAGAUGGAAGAGAUGCUUGCCGCUGCAACAGACUUAUCAAGAGGGAAGAUCAUGUAUCGUGACUUUGUAAUACAACUGUCAACAUUUGAUGAUCACAGCGAUUAAUCGACACAAAAAAAAUGGUGUGUAGCAAAAUCUUUCUGAAAUACACAAUUUAUAUAACUAAAAGCAGUUUAUCAAUAUCAGAAUAAUAAGUGAAGCUUCAGAUGUUACACAAGGUGUAGAAUAAUAUAAAUUCAGUUUUGUAUCGGUUAUGUAUUAUAACUUGGUUGUAC